UGUUCUUGUUCACUGCUUUGUUCUCUAACCAGGUUGAAGAGGUUUGUGAUUUUUAUAGUAAAAAACAUUAAACAACAGAGAGUGCUGAACAGGUAUGACAGUGCACUUCCAAUCCAUGGUAUAUAAGAUGCUCCAGUCUUGUGGCUUUUGCUAGAAGAGCUCACGCAUCCUUAGGAAGAUGCACAACCUGGAACAGAUGAAGCCUCUCCUUCUAGCGGUAACAUUGCUUGGGAUUCUCUGUCUGACAUGUGGAAAAAUCUCAGAGUACCAGCUGGAGACGGAGAUUUUGAGUCAAUGUGAGCAGUUAAGGGCUGUUAGUGCAGAACAGAAGCAUGAACAUGUUCCUCAGUGUUCUGAGGAUGGGCGCUUCAGGCAUGUUCAGUGUAAUCGUGGAGGUGGGGAAUGUUGGUGUGUGAACGCAGAAGGGCUGGAGAUACCUGGUAGUCGACAAAAUGGGUCCACAGUUCAUUGUUUAACCUCAUGUCAGCUCCAGAGACUGAGAGCUCUACAGACUGGAGACGGGUCUUUGGUUCCUGUGUGCCUGGACUCGGGUGAAUACGAGCAGAUCCAGUGUGAUGCAUCACAUGCCCAGUGCUGGUGUGUGGACCAAGAGGGCAUGGAGAUUUAUGGAACCAGGCAGAAUGGAAAACCCUCAAAGUGUCCUGGUACUUGUGAGGUGAGACAGCGACGGAUCCUUCAUGGUGUUGGAGAGCCCUCCCCACCACAGUGCUCGAAUGAUGGAGGCUUCUUACCUGUGCAGUGCAAGUUUGUCAACACAACUGACCGGAUGGUCUUUGAUCUGUUACACACCUUUAACAGAAAGCCAGAUUUGUUCCAGACAUUCAGUGGUUUCAGAAAAGCUUUCCCAGAGGUCUCUAGUUAUUGUUUCUGUGCAGACAGUCGUGGAAGAGAGAUGCCAAACACAGGUGUGGAGUUGCUGUUGGAUGAGGUGUAUGACACAGCGUUUUCAGGCCAGAAUGUAGAAAACACAUUUUCAGAGUCAAACAUGUAUCGAAUCCUACAGCGUCGCUAUCUUGCUGUCCAGCUGUCUGUUAGCGGGAGAUUUAGAUGUCCCACCCCAUGUGAAAGUGAACGUGCAUCCUCUGCUCAAGCUGGGAAUUUUUUCGUACCCUCCUGUACUGAUACUGGAGAUUAUGUGCCGACCCAGUGCCAAGCCGGUGGUCAGUGCUGGUGUGUAGACGCUGAGGGCAAAGAGAUCUUUGGUACACGCCAGUAUGGAGUACCAGAGUGUAGCAGUGGAGUAAAAAACUGCCCAUCUGAGAGAAGACAAGCCCUUUCCAGGCUCUUUAAUGGCCCCGCUGGAGACAACGUGUUCUCAUUUUCCAAAGAAAACCGUUCACUUCUCGGUUCAUGUAGCCCAGAAUUUCAGGAGCUUUUGGCCAACUCUGGUCUUUUGCAAACCUUGCCAGAGUUAGCGAGUCCAAAUGUUGGAGACAUCCUGGCGGAGGUCCUCCAAGGAAUGUUUCCCUCUGGAGCUCUUGCCCUAAAAGCACUUGCUCUUGCCCCCAAUCCCAAGAGACUCCAGGAGAAUCUCUUUGGAGGAAAAUUCCUAAAAAACGCUGGCAAUUUCAACUUCACUGGCACUCUUGGCACCAGAGGUACAUUGAGUUUCACUCAAGUUUUCAGUCAAAUAGGUCUGACGCAAGUUGCAAAAGACUUUGCGCUGUUGGCGAAGACCUUCUCGGACAACUCCGCUAGCCUAAAUCUAGACCGAGAGAUCUCUGAUGCCUUCGGUCGUUCUGUGAACCUGAAAAACAACCAAGAAGUGAUCAAACUUGUUUCACUCACUCUUGAGAAUCAGCAUUUUCUAACAACCCUUCGAGACGCCAUCAAACAACUCAAGGCAGAAGAAAACACUCAGUUAGGUCAACUAUUUCGUGCCAUCUUCAAAAAAUCCCAAUCAGAUCUUUGUAAAUCUGUCUCAUCCACCUUGACUCCAUAUGUGCCCCAGUGCACCAAGGAAGGACGAUACCAGGAAGUUCAGUGUCAGGGCUCGGAGUGUUGGUGUGUGGAUUCUCGCGGCAUGGAGAUAAUGGGUUCUCGCUCCACCGGGCACAGACGGAGAUGCCCGUCCCAAUGUGAGAAGGAACGUCAAAUGGCAAUUGCAGUCAAAGCCAGCAGUUCUGCAGGCUCUGAGGUUUUCAUACCUAAAUGUGAGAGCGGUGGUGCUUACGUAGCACAGCAGUGUGUUGGGAAGAGCUGCUUCUGCGUGGACCAAUCUGGAGCAAAACUCAAUAUUUCAGGAAGUCCAGGAACUUCCCUUCAAUGUCCCACAAGCUGUCAGGCCACAGCAACCCAGCAGUUCCUGACCAUAGUUCGCUCCGUUCUGUCUGAUCCAUCUUCUGUAUCCCAGCUCUCUGAAGUUUACAUACCUCGUUGUGGAUAUGAUGGCAGCUGGCACCAAAUUCAAUGUGACGGACCCCCAGAACAAGCGUUUGAGUUCUACCGCGAGUGGAUCCAGAUCAAUGCCGGAAAAGACCUCCCUGUUUCAGAAGUUCUUGGAAUUAUGCGAUCAUAUGCAAGAAAUCCAGAAGCAAUGGCGACAUUCCGAGGUUUCCUAUCUGAAUUAUUCAAAGCUGGGCACCACAAAGUAUUCCCAGCCCUGGUGAGGUUUGAAAAGAUCUCUGAUAUUCCAUCUGAAGUGUUAGAUGGAAACGUUGAGGUUAUAUCUGGACCAUCAGUUUUCCUGAACCCAUUAUCUCUAUGGAGGUUAAUCAGAGGUGAUUCUGGUUAUCCAGGACCAAUAUCAGACUUCAGUGUUCCUCUUGGAAGCUUCCAUCUGCGUCAGUGUUGGUGCGUUAACCAACAAGGGAACAUGGUAGCAGGCAGCAAGGCUCCUCUUGGGCAAAUUCCCAAAUGUCCAGGCAAAUGUUCUGUGGUUCACAGCGAGGUCUCUGAAUUCCUGAAACAGGCCGAGGAGCUCAUCUCGCUUUCCAACAGCUCACAUGUGCCCGUGGGUUACGGGUUUCUCCUGGCUGAGAGUGUUUAUUUGAGCCCUGAGGAGCUGGAGCAGAUGCGUUCCUCAAAGUUCUCCAUCAGUCAGUCUCUGCUGAGCAAUACAGACUCAGCGCUGAGACUUGCUGCUUACUCCACCCUACAUUUCUACUGGCAGAGCAAACUGAUGAGCAGUGAGAUAGACAGACAGAGUUUAGCGCUGGGCUACCAACCCUACAUCCCACAGUGCGAUGCUUACGGCCAAUGGCUGCCCAGCCAGUGCUACCCCAGCACAGGUCACUGUUGGUGUGUUGAUGAGGAGGGUAGAUACAUCACAGACUCACUGACUUAUCGUUCUACAUCUCCUCAGCAGUGCCAAACGACAUGCCAGAGGCUCCAGAGUCACUUCCUGCUCUCUGAUUGGACACAGACCGGCUCUAAUAACACGUACACAUACAGUCCAUCAUGUGAUGAGGACGGUGAGUUUUCAGUACUCCAGAAGUCCAGUGCAGGUCGUUCACUGGGGUUGUGUGUGAACCCAACAACUGGACAAAUAAUCCAACCUGCCACUUCAAGUCCGUCUGGAGGCCUGCAAUGUCCAGGUUGGUGCUCUCUUCAAAAGACGCUAGCAUUGCAAAGAGAUGCUGGAUUGGGUUAUGAGCCUCAAUGUGAGCAGGACGGACAGCACUUCUCUCCCCUGCAGUGUGACCUGUCCGACUGUAGGUGUGUAUCGGAAAGUGGAAAGGAGCUUCCAGGAACACGCACCCCCAGGAGCACAGGCCGAACACCAUCCUGUGACGUCCCCGUGUGCCCCCUACCAUUCGGAGACAUUUCCCAUGGUGCCGUUCUGUGUGGCACUGAAGGUGUCGCAGGACAGCAGAGACAGCGCUGUGAACUCUUCUGUGACCAAGGUUACGUCAGUGCCCUUCCAGACACCAACUUCCUAUGUGAUCCUCAAACAAAGAUCUGGAUGGAUGACGCACCGCUGUCUGCCUGCCAAAGACCUCAGCCAUUACAGACAGUGCAAGUGAAUAUACAGCUGCAAGCGACCUUGGCUGAGGGUCAGAGGAGCUGCAACAUGCAAAACACUGAGUUACAGACUGCUUUACUUCGUGAUAUGAGAGCUGCAGGCCUCUGCAGCCUGCAGGUGACCUCAUCUGGUCAGAUCAGAUCUGUUGCAGUGUGUGACGAGUCAUCUGUGUCUCUUGAGUGUAUGAAUGACAAGCAGGUCACUGUACACAUCACCUUUAGGACCCGCCUCUCUGACCUGCCAAUGCAAUCCCUGCCUGAUCUACAUGACAUUGACAUGGCACUUGGUGAGGAGAGGUUGUUAAAUGGUGUUAAGGAAUUAAUCCAAAGAGAAUCAUACCGAUCUGUACUCCUCUAUGACGGCUCUCUGGCUGUCUCCAGUCCACCCUUGUUUGGCUGCAUGCCUGGCUAUAUGCAGCUCCCACAAUCCACUGGGUGUGUUUUGUGUCCAGCUGGUUCAUUCUCUAGUGAUGGUGUAUGUUCUCCAUGUCCUCAUGACACAUUCCAGGCAGACGAAGGACAGAUCUUCUGCACUUCCUGCCCUACCGGGACCUCCACUGUUGCCCAGGGAGCCUUCAGUGCUUCUCACUGUCUUACUAAGUGCCAGCAGAGUAAACUGCAAUGUACAAAGAAAGGUGACUUCCUAUUGGCCCAGAAAGACCCACUGUCUGGCAAGUGGUUAUGUGUCACUCCACAGGGGGAGGAGCUUUCUUGGACAUCUUCUGAUGGUCCAAUUACAGCAGAAGAAUGCCAAGUUUUCGAGAAGUUUGAGAUGGUUUCCACUUUAUCCCUGCUGACUUCAGAGAGUGCUGACAUUCUAAGCUCUGACUCUUCAGCCCAGCCAAUGGAAAAUGAGAUGAGAAAAUGUGUGCUUGACUGUGCUCAGAAGGACUCGUGUCAACAUGUGACCAUUUUUAAGGAAGAAGAGAAAACACACUGCACGCUCUACAGCACAAGUGCAGACAAUACUGAAUGCAAGACCUCUGAACAAAGCAAAGGGUUUCUGGGAAAUGAUGGCGCUGAAACAUUCCAGACUCUCAGCUGCGCUGUGAAAAUAAAAGGAGGAGAUGAACCUAAUCUGAUGGUACUGAGAAAGAAAGGUCAUGAAUUCAGCACAGCAGGAAAGAAGAGCUUUGAGAGACUGAGUUUCCGUAAGAGCAGUUCUGGAGUGUAUCGCACGCUGGUGUUUGAUGCGAGCAGGACCGCUCUGGCUGAUGUCCACCGCUUCUGCGUCAACUCCUGCAGCCGUGAGAACUGCUGUGAUGGAUUCAUCCUUAACCAGAAUGUCCUCAGUGGAGGCUCUAUAAUGUGUGGACUCCUGAGCUCUCCUUCGGUGCUGCAGUGUGACGAUAAAGACUGGGACAUGAGCGGCACGGCGUCCUCCAAUCGUGUCUGUGGUGCUGGUGUCCAAUACAACAAACAGCAGAAGCGUUUCACUUUCAGCUUCGGAGGACAGAACUUCACCAUUACUGAUGCAGCAAUACCAACGUCCAGCAAAAACAAAACCGGUUACCAGGAAACUCUCAUCAGCUUCCAAAGAGUCUAUCUGUGGAGAGAGUCCGAUAUGAGCAUGCGUCCAAAAAGUCCCUCUGCUUGCAGUGGAUCCACUUUAUUAGAUGAUUCUAGAAUUCAACUUUCUGAUUCAGUCAAAGAAGCUUUUGAUGCUCUGGAGAUUGGUGAUGUCAAAGUCGAUACAGAUAAGGAGCUUCCUAGCCAGCUUUAUUGGAUCUUCAAACAUCAAUACACCUUCCAGGAGGCUCAGUUGUGGUGUCUAAAACGAUGCGAGGAAGAAGAACUGUGCCACGUAUCUGACCUCAGGGAUGAAGACCCCUUGUAUUUCGAGUGUGUGUUGUAUCCGGACACUCGUGUAUGCGGGGCGUAUGACAAACCUCUUAGGCAGGCAUGCAGUCUAGUGCUGGCACGGAGCCCUGAACAUACACACCAGAAGAAAACAGUUUCCCUGUCAGGAAGUGUGAAGAGCUUUUACAGUCGUGUCCCAUUUCAGAAGAUGGUGUCUUACUCUGUACGCAAUAGAGUCAGUGUGGCCAGUAAAAGCAUCACUGAAGGGUUCUUUGAGUGUGAAAGACGGUGUGAUGAAGAUCCAUGCUGUCGUGGCAUAGGUUAUGUCAGAGAUUCGGGUGUGCCUGGUUCAGAUGUAUUAUGUUUGACUUUGAAUAGUCUGGGUAUCCAGACGUGCAGUGAGAAUGAUGCCACAAACUGGAGGAUUCAGGACUGCUCCCCAUCCAAAGUGCAGACUAGCGUCCAUCCAUUCGGCUGGUAUGAAAAGCCAGUGAACCAAUGGACAAAGAGUCCCAGUGUGUGUCCAAGAUUCAGUCUCAGGUCUCCCUCAAAGAAUAUUGAUCUAAACAAGUGGAAGCUGUUGGAUUCCUCCUCUGUCCAGGUGGAUUCAUCUGUGUCGUCUUUUGAUGUUGUCCACAUCAGCAGAGAUAUAGCAGAGCAAAUUGAUAAAGUCAGAGAUUGGUGUCUUUCUGCCUGUGAGGAGAGUGAGUCCUGUUCGUCUGUGUCUAUCAAUAGCAGAGAGUCAGCCAUAAGAUGUGUGAUGUAUCCAGACACACACACCUGCCUUCCUAUAACAAGUGGCCAGCGCUGCUCGCUAGUCAUCAAAGAGCCUGCGCAAUCGGUUUACAUCAAGACAGGUUCACUGCCAGAUUUGACCUCUGUUUCUAUUCCUGAUCACGGGACACUAAUUGGAGAAAGUGAAGUGAAACGUAUAACUGGCUUGGAUAGCAAGCACGUGAACUACUUCCUGGGUGUGCCUUAUGCUCGUCCACCUAUUGGAGAGCUCCGUUUCAGCCCUCCACAACCAGCUGACUGGACCGGCACCUGGAAUGCCACGUUUUCCCGACCCAGCUGUCUCCAGCCUGGUGACACCAGUGACUCUUCCAGUGAAGACUGUUUGUACCUCAAUUUGUUUGUUCCCAGUAGUGUGCUACAGAGAAAGGAUGCAUCCGUUCUGGUAUUUUUCCAUAACUCUGGAUCAGAUCUCUUAGAUGGCUCUUACCUUGCUGCUGUUGGAAACAUUAUUGUAGUGACAGCCAGUUUCAGAGUGGCUGCUUUUGGCUUUCUUAGUACAGGUUCUAGCCCUUUGCCAGGAAAUUAUGGUCUCCAGGAUCAGGCAGCUGUACUGGGUUGGGUCCAGAAGAACAUUGCUCUGUUUGGAGGAGACCCCAUUAAAGUCACAGUAGGUGCAGAGAGAAACGGAGCCGACGUUGCAAGCCUUCACCUCACCUCCCCAAAAGCUUCAUCACUUUUUCGUCGAGCUUUACUCAUGGGUGGAUCGCUGUUUUCUCCAGCUGUUGUGAUGAGUACAUCUAAAGCCCAAACACAAGCUUCAUCUCUAGCUAGAGAACUCGACUGCCCUGCUUCUGAUAUCACACAGCUACUGACCUGCCUGAGAAACAAACCCGCUCAAAGCAUCAAUGCUGCCCAGACUAAGUUGUUAGCUGUCAGUGGGCCCUUCCAGGCUUGGUCACCAGUGGUUGAUGGAGCAGUAGUUCGAGAAAAGCCCUCCGCUGCCUUUCAGUCUGGACGUUUCCACAAAGCAGAUGUACUGCUGGGGUCAUCAGUUGAAGACGGCCUCAUUAGUAGAGCAAAGAACAUCAAGAAUUUUGAGCAACUUCAGGGAAGGGCUGACAGUAAAACAGCAUUUUAUGAGGCUCUGUCUAACUCACUGGGUGGAGAUGACGCUAAUGAGUUUGUGAAGGAAGCGGCAACCUGGUUCUACUCUUUGCAACACUCUCCCACGCCCUCUGGAUACAGCGUGUUUUCUCGUGCCCUGGAAAAUGCCACAAGAGACCUCUUCAUCAUCUGUCCAGCUGUCAACAUGGCCGAAUUCUGGGCAGCCAACACUCAGUCCAGUGUUUACCUCUACCACCUGCCCGAGGAAACUUCCCACAACAGCGUCGAUCUGUCAGCUCCUAUGGAUGUGCAGUAUCUGUUUGGGGUUCCUCUUGCCUCUGAAACUCAUGACCUCUAUAGCUCAGAGGAGAAAACGCUGACCUUGCAGAUCAUGAGUUACAUGGCAAACUUCAUAAAGUCUGGAAACCCCAAUUUGCCUCUUGCUGCAUCUAGGACAUCUUUCAGUAAAUUUUUGCCCCCUUGGCCUCAGUUCAUGCCUUACUCUGGUGGGCGGGGCUUUAAGGAGAUGUCUGUCAUGCUCGGUAACCGCAAGAACCUUCAGACCCCUCAGUGUUCCUUCUGGUCUCAGUACGUGCCUGCUCUGAUCAAAUCUACUGCCAAACUGUCCUGUGGAGCUGCAGUAGGAGAUACUGGACGUUUUCAGACCGCAACCCAAGAGCCAACGAUGGGAGCGUCCAACUUCUCUGUGACUCCCAGCAAGCCCAAAUCUGACAAAGAUGCUUACAGUUAGAGUACUAAUGACUUGCAGAUGGUCUUCUGAUUUUAGUUUCAUGUUCAAUUUUUAGCACUGUUGAUGUAAAUCUUUAUAAUUAUGAAUGAUUGACCAUUCAUUGUAGAACUUCAGCAAUAAACUGCAUUGAAAACA